AUGGUUGUGAAGUCAAAGGCAGAGAAGAAGGAGAAAAAGGAGAAGUCCGCGAACCCUAUGCGUGAGAUAAAAAUCCAGAAGCUCUGUCUUAAUAUUUGCGUGGGGGAGAGCGGCGAUCGACUCACGCGAGCGGCCAAAGUUUUGGAACAGCUAACUGGCCAACAGCCCGUUUUCAGUAAAGCCAGAUUGACUAUCCGAACCUUCGCUAUUCGGCGCAAUGAAAAAAUAGCUGUGCAUUGCACUGUUCGAGGUCCAAAAGCAGAAGAGAUUCUCGAGAAAGGACUGAAGGUGAAGGAAUACGAGUUGCCCAGAUCGUGCUUUAGUGACCGAGGGAAUUUCGGUUUCGGUCUUACUGAGCACAUCGAUCUAGGAAUCAAAUACGAUCCAGCCAUUGGAAUUUAUGGAAUGGACUUUUAUGUUAUCCUCGGAAGGCCAGGUUCACGCGUUAACUACAGACGCCGGUGCAAGAGUAAGGUCGGCGCAUCCCAUCACAUAAGCAAAGAAGAAGCGAUGAAGUGGUUCCAGAGCAAGUUUGAUGGAAUAUUGUUACACAAAUGA